UCUGAGGAGGAGGAGGAGUGGAGUGGUGGUGGUAAAUGAAUUGUCCGGAGGAGGAGAGGAAGGUGCUGUGUGGUUAGAUUAAAAGUUGUGCGUUUUGGAUGAGGAGCAGCAGGAGGAGGAGGAUGAGGCAAAGGAGGAGGAGGAGUGUGACUGUGUAAUUACGUGGCUGCAAGAAAAAAAAAAGAGUGAGAGAGGGGGAGAGAGAGAAAAAAAAAAGUUGGGUCUGAUUUGCUGGAAUCGCGCAGGAGCCGGAGGUGCAGCGAACGGUUUCACAUCAAGUUUUGAGGAACGCAGGGGUGAACAUCGCACACUCUUCUUCUCCAGCGCCGCCUCUGCUGAAGUGAUGCUUUUUAAGAACGAGGCACCGCUGCGCCGAUAAGACGAUCCGCGCGUACCGGAGCGAGGAGUGCGCACGGCCGCUCCGCUUGCACCGGCUCCACUGCCAGAGAGCUCCCCGUGCAUGUCCGAAAAUAUAUAACAAUCUCCUGCUUAAAAACGUUUUUUUCUCAGCGGAGACGACAAUCUUUGGAUCGCAAAAAAACAUUUCAUGGAUGUCAUUGGAUAAUCUUUUUUGUUUUACGCGGAUAGCUGCUGCUCCUCCACAGUCUCACACGGUGCACGUCGGUUCAGGAAUGGCGCGAUAAAGUGAUCAGAGGAAUCAGUCCUAGUACAUUCACUUUGUGUGUAGCCGUCUCGCCAUGUACUCUCCAAUUUGUCUCACUCAGGAUGAAUUUCAUCCCUUCAUCGAGGCACUUCUCCCUCACGUCCGUGCCAUCGCCUACACAUGGUUCAACCUCCAGGCCAGAAAGCGCAAGUACUUCAAGAAGCACGAGAAGCGGAUGUCCAAGGACGAGGAGCGUGCGGUGAAGGACGAGCUCCUGAGUGAGAAGGCCGAGGUAAAGCAGAAGUGGGCGUCCAGGCUGCUGGCCAAGCUGCGUAAGGACAUUCGGCAGGAGUACCGGGAGGACUUUGUCCUCAGUGUGACGGGCAAGAAGCACCCGUGUUGCGUGCUGUCCAACCCGGACCAGAAGGGCAAGAUCCGCCGGAUUGACUGUUUGCGGCAAGCCGACAAAGUUUGGCGUCUGGACCUGGUGAUGGUCAUCCUCUUCAAAGGCAUCCCUCUGGAAAGUACAGACGGCGAGCGCCUAGUCAAGUCUCUACAUUGCACCAACCCAGCACUUUGUGUCCAGCCACACCACAUAACAGUAUCGGUCAAGGAGCUGGACUUGUUUCUAGCAUACUAUGUCCAGGACCAAGACUCACAGCAGUCAGGAAGUCCAAGUAACAAUGAGCCAGGCAAGAAUCCUAUUCCAGUCUACUUGGAAGACAGCUUCAUCAAAUCAGGAGUCUUCAGUGUUUCAGAACUGGUGCGAGUGUCCAGAAUGCCCAUCACCCACGGUGCAGCGGUAAACUUCUCCAUGGCCGACAUGCCCAGCCAACCCUACUACCACGACCUGAACUCCAGCGUGGGGCUGCACCGCUCCCUGUCCUCCCCUCCCGGCAGCAAAAGGCCCAAAACCGUCAACAUGGAGGAGAACAUGGACACGAGCCCGACAGGACCUGACUUCUACUCGUCACCCAGCUCGCCUGCCAGCAGUCGGGCAAACUGGCACGACAGAGAUGGAGCAGACAUGUCCUCUCCCACCAUGAAGAAGCCGGAGAAGACGCUGUUCAGUCCGACCUCUCCGCAGGACUCCUCACCACGACUCAGCACUUUCCCUCAGCCUCAUCACCCAGGCCUAACAGGUGUAGGACACAGUGUUAUAUCGACGAGGAGCCCCCCUCCACACUCGCCCCUGCAGUUCCCGGCCUCGGCUAUCUUGCCCCCGGCGCCGUCACCCUACUUCUCGCACACCACCAUCCGCUACCCGCCCCACCUCAACCCUGGCGAUCCCCUCAAGAGCUACGUGCCGUCAUACGACCCGUCCAGCCCACAGAGCAGCCAGCCUAACAGCAGUGGUCAGGGAAAGGUUCCAGGCCACUUCACCCCAGUCCUGGCUCCCUCCCCACAUCACAGCGCCGUGCGAUCAUCCUCGCUCUCCAUGUCAGACACCAAGCCCAUCACCACAUCCACAGAAGGCUACUCAUCCCCCGGCCCCCCGACGGCUAAUCGUUUCGUAGGCCUGAGCUCCAGAGAGCCUACCUUCCUCCACCAGCAACAGCUGAGGAAGUGUGACUGGAGCGUGACUCAAAACGGCAGGCAUUAUGGCCCCAGUGCCACUGACGACACUUUGGGGAUUGCUUGGCAAAGUCCUGGUACCUGGGCGAGCUUAGUUCCAUUCCAAGUGUCGAACGGGACUCCGAUUCUGCCAACAAAUGUCCACCAGAACUACAGCAUAAACAUCAUUGGUGAGCCCCUGGUCCCCGCUGAGACAGGGAACUGAAACACACACACACACACACACACACAAACACGAGAGGCCAGACGACACCCCCGUGGGCGAACGGGCAGGUUGGGGGGUGUCGGUGGUGCAGAGCUCGCACUACAGGUGUCCGCAGCCCAUGGAUGAAACCAGCAAAGCAGCACGAGCUGCACAACCUCGAUCUCACCCCUUCUGUGCCCCCACAUCCCCCCCGACUCCCGUC